GGGAAGUGUAGUCUGGAGGAACGACAGACAAGAGCCCUGGUAAGAUUCCCCCGCGCCCGCGCGGAGAAUUGAGUCCCUGAGAUGAAGGAAACCUAAGUGAUGGUUACCACGGCAACGCGAAGGCUGGAUUGUUCUAGAAAACCAUGGCCCUGCGCUACCCCAUGGCCGUGGGCCUCAACAAAGGCCACAAAGUGACGAAAAACGUCAGCAAGCCGAGACACAGCCGCCGCCGCGGGCGCCUCACCAAGCACACCAAGUUCGUGCGAGAUAUGAUCCGGGAGGUGUGCGGCUUCGCGCCCUACGAGCGGCGUGCCAUGGAGCUGCUCAAGGUGUCCAAGGACAAGCGAGCACUCAAGUUUAUCAAGAAGAGGGUGGGCACGCACAUCCGCGCCAAGAGAAAGAGGGAGGAGCUGAGCAACGUGCUGGCAGCCAUGCGGAAGGCGGCGGCCAAGAAGGAUUGAUGACCCCUCCCCCAAUAAAAGAUGGUUCUUAA